CUCUGCGCUGAAUGCCCACAAUCAGCUGACCACGCCUCCUCGCAGCACAGCCGACGAAGGCCACGGGCGCGACGUAAACUUUGAGGGGGACGACGGGAGGCACGCGUUCGUUGACGUUCGCGUUUUUGGCGACCUGAGUGGAUCAUUAGCAAGUGCGGAUUUCGGGGAAGAUCGCCAUUUCAGCUGGAAGAUGUCAGGCGCGGCGAUCGACCUGUACCACACACUCUGGAGCCCGCCGUCUCGAGCCGUGAGGAUGAUCGGACGGGCCGUCGGGGCCCAGUUCAACCUCAUCGAGUGUAACCUCAUGGCCGGCGAGCAUAUGAAGCCAGAGUAUCUCAAGAUGAACCCUCUACACACUGUGCCGACCAUCAACGACAACGGCUUCUAUGUAUGGGAGAGCCGGGCGAUCGGCCAUUACCUGAUCAACAAGUUCGCUCCUGGCACCAGUCUAAUACCCACCGACCUAAGGAGGAGGGCCCUCUAUGAUCAGAUGCUCUUCUUCGAUUACUCGCUACUCUUCAGCUUCUCUACAAUGACGCGCAAGGUUCUGCUCGGAGCUAAGCAGCUGGACCGGUCUGACGUCAAGAGGUGCCACGAGUGCCUGCGCCUGCUGAACUCCUUCCUGAGUGAGAGCGAGUACCUGGUCGGAGACGAGAUCACCAUGGUGGACUACUCGGCAGCUGCCAGCAUCGCCGGCUGCCAGACGGGUAUGUUCGGCAUCUCGGGCCACCCGCACACACAACGGUGGUUCAACAAAGUCCGGAACGAAAUCGACGGAUUCGACGAGAUUAACGAGCCCGGUGUACAGAUGAUCCAGGCCUUCAUGUCAAUGGCGACGCCGCCAGACCCCAAACCAUCGAAACUGUAACGAGGUGUGACGUAACUGGAGGACAAGCUAGGCGAGUGACGUCAUCGGUGGACAGACAGCUAGAUGUGACACCGCCAGACGAAAGUCAAUGGAUAUUGUGGCCUUGUAUGACGUCAUUGGAGGAAAUGACAGGCUAAAAGUGACAUUACUAGACGGUAGCGAAUGGAUAUUGUUUUCAGGUGUGACGAUAUGAUAAAAGUUUGGUCAUGUGUGGUCAGUGGAUGCGCUCCCGUCUUUUAAGGAUUCGCUGGCACUGUCGCACGGAUGAGCGGAUGAAGUAAUAGUGUCUCGGAUAUCAAAAUAAGUGGGACUGACUUUGCCCAUGGAAGUGUUGUUACGUUGGAGUGGACGUAUGAUGUUAUUAAUGGUGUGAAGUGCUUGAGCGAGGAACAUAGCGAGAAUAGAUACGUGAA